UUGCUGAUCAUUUUAUACGGUAUUAUUGGUGCACCGUUAAUAUUGAUAGCUGUGAGCGAUGUUGGAAAAUUCAUCAGUUACUAUUCAACAAAAUUACUUCCGAACGUUAGUGCUUUUCUAUUCCGGCUGAGGAAUUUUUGA